UUUAGCAAAAAUACAAAAUGGCAUACAAUUUAUGUGAAAGAUUCCCAAAAGUGAAACAGCCAAUUUAUUUACUAGAUCCUGGUUCCUAUCAAAAUGUGAAUUCGUUACCAGUAAAACCAAAUAAAGUAGCAUUCCUCUCAAAAGUACCACGUAAUACUCAAUCCGGCUGCAAAAUAUGGACACAUGCUGUUUAUUUUGGGGACAUCAAACCGAAAAUUCCUAAUUGCACUACAAUUUCGUCAAUAACACCGCGGUUUGCGUACGAAAAACAUAAAAACGAAGACGUUGAAGAAGUUUUAUGUCAAUGCGGAGCACAAAAUCCAUGUAAUUGUUCAGUUGGUCUAGAGAAAACUGACAUUGAAGAUGAAAUAAAGUGUCAUAAAAAUGUUCGUAGACGAAUAUUCAAAGGACAAACUAUUAGAUCAGCACUAAAAGAAGGACUUUCGAUUCCUUCUAAAAAGGACUUUGGAUUUAAUAUAUUACCAAAUGGUUCCAAAGAACGUAUAUUUAAACCGAUUAAAGAAGACUGUCCUCCAUUCUACGACGCAAGGGUUAUGGAAUCAACUGCCUUUUAUCACGGUUGUAAAUGGAGUAAAUGGACAUCGCAAAGAAGUGAUAAGUCAAUGAAACUUAAUCCCGGGCCAGCAGAUUACAAUAUUGAGGGACAUCCAGCCAGUCGCGAGCUUAUGUGCAUCGAAAAGAUUAGAGCUUUAAAGCGUAAAACUUCUAAACAACUUCGAUUUAUUGAAAAAGUUCAACGUCAAAAUAUUUUAGAUGCCUUACCUGGACCGGCUAGUUAUAGACCUACAUUUCCGAAAGGCACCGAUUUAAACUUAAUUACAGGUGCUGCUGGUGAUCACAUGCAGGAAUGGGUAAAUUUAAUGGCCAAAAAUUUUUCUUUUCCACAUAUCAAAGUUCUUUAUCCAACAGCCCCAUUGCAACCUUACACUCCUGCAGGUGGUUUAAUGAGCAAUGUUUGGUUUGACCGUAUUGAUAUUAGUCAAAAAGUUCCAGAGAUAGAAAAAUCACUGAAAAAUAUUGAGGUCCAUGUCAGAAAUUUAAUUAAAAGCGAAAAUGACAUUGGUAUACCUAACAACAGAAUCAUAGUUGGUGGUUUUUCAAUGGGUGGUGCGUUAGCUCUUCACACGGCAUACAGAUGGGAGUCUAACUUAGCUGGAGCAUUUGCCUUUAGUUCCUUUCUCAAUGAUAAUUCUUUUGUAUAUAAAGAACUUACAAAAUUGCAAAAGAAUGUACCUCUUCUUCAAAUACAUGGGGACAUUGAUGACUUAGUGCCUACCUCUUGGGGCAAAAAUACCUUCAAUGAGCUUAAAGCUCUUGGAGUACAAGGAGAGUUUCAUGUUAUGGAGAGGUUGGGGCAUUCAAUCAACAAAAAAGGGUUACACAUUAUCAAGGAUUGGAUAGAAAAGUUGUUACCUAACUCAUAACAAUAAGAAUAUGUUUUUUAAUUGUUAUUUAUAGACAAAAUCGGAA